CCCCGGCAAGAUGGUGCAGAAAUAUCAAUCACCCGUCAGGGUAUAUAAAUACCCAUUCGAAUUGGUUAUGAAGGCCUAUGAAAAACGUUUUCCCAAAUGUCCACAAAUGCCCAUUGUGCUGGACUGUGAAAUUACCAAAGACGAGAUAUUGGAAAAUGGCGCCCAACGUAAAACCAGUCGUCGCUGCAAACUAGCCGUCGAUGCUCCCUACAUUUUUAAGAAACUAAUCGGUGUCGAACAUGUCUAUUUUAUACAACACAAUUACCUCGAUUUAGCCAAUCGGACCCUCAACAUUGAAGCAGUGAAUGAAAGUUUUUCCUCACGCAUCGAAAUCUUCGAACGUUGCCGUUACUAUGCCCAUCCCGACAAUCCCGAUUGGACAUGUUUUGAUCAGACAGCAACAUUGGAUAUUAAAAAUUUCUUCGGUUUCGAACAUUCCAUGGAGAAGAUGGGUAUGAAACAGUAUACCCAGACCACCCUGAAGGGUAAAGAGAUUAUUGAAUAUUUUAUCAAUGAAUUGAAAGAGGAGGGUAUAACGGAAGUGCCACGUUGGCAACCGCCCGCCGAUGCGGAAAUAUCACCAAACUUGCAUGUGGUCGGAGAUGAUAGUGAAGAAUCGGAUACGGUGUACGAAGUGAAUGGUGGUGAGAAACGACCCUCAACGCAUGACAUUCUCUUGGAUGGUGACUUUAUUGCCAAACAUUUGGGCCAGUUGACACCCAUGCAGGAAUCGAAGUUAUUGGAGCUGCGCAAACUUUUAGACAGCCAAGAGGAUGUGGAAAAAAUGCCAGAUUAUCAGACAAUUUUGAGAUUUCUCCGAGCCCGGGAUUGGCAUGUUAGCCAGGCCUUGACCAUGCUUAAGGAUUCCCUUAAGUGGCGCAAGGAGCAGGACAUCGAUAGCCUGCUAACGGAAUAUAAAACACCCACAGUCGUGUCAGAUCAUUUCCCUGGGGGUUGGCAUCAUCAUGAUAAGGACGGCAGGCCGAUUUAUAUUUUACGCUUGGGCCACAUGGAUGUAAAGGGGCUAUUGAAAUCCAUUGGCACGGAGGGUUUCCUGAAAUUGGCCUUACACAUUUGCGAGGAGGGCAUUAAAAAGAUCUUGGAAUCAGCAGAAAAUCUUGGUAAACCCGUCUUGGAUUGGUGCCUCCUUGUGGACUUGGAGGGUUUGUCUAUGCGUCAUCUGUGGCGUCCCGGUGUCAAGGCCUUGCUGAAUAUCAUCGAAAAUGUUGAGCGCAAUUAUCCCGAAACAAUGGGUCGGGUUUUGGUGGUAAGGGCCCCAAGAGUAUUCCCGAUUGCCUGGACCAUUGUGUCGGCAUUUAUAGACGAAAACACCCGCUCAAAAUUCUUAUUCUAUGGCAUUAGUGAUGAUGAACACACCAAGGAAAGUCUGGAGCAAUAUAUCGAUGCUGAAAUUGUACCCGAUUUCUUGGGUGGUCCUUGUAAGCCAUCAGUGGCUGCAUUAUCGUAUGUGGAUCAAAUAACUCCUUACUAUUUUAAUCAUUGCUAUUUAGCUAGUUGCGAUUGUACCCUCAUCCAUGAAGGUAGUUUAGUGCCGAAAAAUCUCUACAAAAUGAAUUCACUUGAGGAGGCUGAUGAUGCCCUGCUGGAUAGUCCUCAUCACAAUGACUCCAAAACGUUAGCUGCUGCCGCUGGUAGUGGUGCAGGCGGCUUGGCCCAACAGAAUCAUCAUCAUAAUGUCUAUAAGACUGUGGAGCUGCGUACCGGUUACUCGCAUGAGGUCAUAAUACGCAACUCAGAUCCAAAAAGUGUUUUGACAUGGGAUUUCGAUGUACUGCGCAGUGAUUUGCAUUUUACACUGUUCCGGGUAACCAAGGAUUUGCCGGAGAAACAUGAUUUGGCAGUCUCCUUUUUCGAUAUGAGUGAUUUUACCGAGGGUGUUAACUAUUUCAAGGAGGAACCCACUCUGGUGUGUCACAACAAGGAGAGUGUGCAGGGUUCCCAUGUCAUGAAUCACAAGGACAAUUAUGUGAUGCAUUGGUUUAGCCCCUCGUGUAGCAGCGAGGGUCCUACCCAGCUCAAUUACUUUUACGAGGUGUUAAGUUCGGCCAAUUACAAGGGCUCUAUGACAAGUUUACAAUCGGCUUUCUCGUCAAAUUCAGCAUCCAGUUCAUGUCAAAGUCGAUGAUAUGAGGCUAACCCUAAA